UUCACUUCUCGUUCCGUUUUCGAACUGGAUAGGUCUCUUACCUCCAGUAUCGUAUUCCUCAAAAUUCCAUCUAAAUUUCCAGGGUCAAAUAUUUUUCAAAAAACCACCACCCCUUCGGUCAAAAGUUCCAAAUUUUAGUUUCAGGAUGACAUUGAAUGUGAGUCAAUCUCGAGCCUUGUUACGGCCCUCAUCAAUUCUGUUGGGUGCCGUGCAAGAAUGUGUGCGAUUCGCUUCGGGUUGUGAGAAGGGCGAGGGCAAAAACCUAUGCCCCAAGGUACUGACAAAGUUUCCUUGUGGUAAACCUGAAAUUCAGGCGAAGCCGAAGAAGAAGAGAUUGAUAGUCAAGGCUCCGUCGAUGUGGCUGAACCCAUUUUGCGACCCAGAUGACACGACUUGCCCGUUCAAUCCACGAUUCGAUGACAUCUAUUACGUGGAAUCUGAUAAGGCCAAACGAAAGUACUGGCAGACAUGGGUGGCCUGUCCUCCUCUCAAAAUCAAGCCCAAAAAGAUUUGUUGCUUUGCCAAAGCUAAACCAGCGCCGAUCAAGCGUCGUAAGCCCGCAUUUAAACCAUCGACCGCCUGUCCUCAGCCAUGCCCAGAAGAAUCGAGUGAGGCUUGUCCUAAGCUGGCGCGUCGCUGCCAUCGUGACGGCCGUAGGCCUCCAACGUGCAAAAGAGAACGGGGACCCUUGAACUGUGUAAAGCCCCGAACGCCGUAUCCCUCGUUCUCAGAGUGCCAGCGCGAUAGGCCCGGACCCCUGCCCCUGAAGGAGUGCACUUGCUUGGUGAAACCGAUGCUUUGCGAAAUUUGGGCCGAAUUCCGCAGAAAAGCCACUUUUAAGAAGUAAAAGCUUUUAUUAUCAAUGUGUUUCCCUGAGUGCCUGGAGGAUAUUGGAUGUGUGAUCAUGAAAACGGGUUCUUGGCCAGGUUCGUAACGAGGGUCCAGAGCAAUGGAUUGCAGUCGCUGUACGUUCGCUCGCAGUCUGCUCCGCCAAGUCCGGCGUCCCGGGCGUGCAAGUACUUACUGGCCACAUUGUCCAGGCUCGGUCUAAGAAAAUUUCAAAGUUCAUUUGUAUCUCGAUUCGAACUUAUAAUUUUACUUACACCA